CAGGGACUGGUCGGCCUCAGAACCACAGGGACAUUGAUCAAAUAGACGAGCUGCUCGUCCUGUUGGAGGGGGACAAUCCCUUAGGAGGAGGGGCAGCAGUGAGAGGGUUGUGUGCAUGCAGACAGCCCCAGCAUCAGCCAUUCAGCUCACUCGUUGGAUUUGUGGACGGGGAAGGCGCCUCUCUGUUCCCCCAUUGACAAGAGCCCGGGCUGCUGCAUUCCCGCUCCGCGGCACAUGCCUGUGUAGUCGGGCCCCUGGGGACAGCUCUCACUCCGCCCGGCCUCGCCCCCUGUUCUCUCCUCAAUGCUAGAGAAGUUGAGACCCGCUGCGCCCCUGGAUAUGGCGGUCGGGAAGUCGGUGGCCUGGCUGAACGAGCAGCUGGAUCUGGCCAACGAGCGUCUCCUACUCAUGGACUGCAGGGCGCACGAACUGUACGAGUCGUCUCACAUUGAGGCGGCCAUCAACGUUGCCAUCCCGGGUAUCAUGCUGCGGCGCCUCAAGAAGGGCAACUUGCCCAUACGAUCGCUCUUUGCCUGCGGGGAGGACCGGGAGAAGUUCGCCCGCAGAUGUGGCACCGACACGGUUGUACUGUACGAUGAGAGCAGCUGCGACUGGAAUGAGAACACGGGCGGGGAGUCGGUGCUGGGGCUGCUCAUGAAGCGGCUGAAGGAUGAGGGCUGCAGGGCUUACUACCUGGAAGGUGGAUUCAAUAAGUUCCAGGCUGAGUAUCCUAUACAUUGUGAAACCAAUCUGGAUAGUUCCUGUGGCAGUAGCUCUCCACCGGUCCUUGGUUUGGGAGGCCUCCGGAUAAGUUCUGACUCUUCAUCAGAUAUCGAAUCUGACAUUGACAGGGAUCCAAACAGUGCUACAGAUUCAGAUGGUAGUCCUCUAUCCAACACUCAACCAUCAUUUCCUGUUGAGAUUCUACCCUAUCUUUACCUUGGCUGUGCCAAGGAUUCUACGAAUUUGGAUGUUUUGGAAGAGUUUGGUAUUAAGUACAUCCUGAAUGUGACACCAAACUUGCCUAACCUUUUUGAAAAUGCUGGGGAGUUUAGAUACAAGCAGAUUCCCAUUUCGGACCAUUGGAGCCAAAACCUCUCUCAAUUUUUUCCAGAAGCCAUCUCAUUUAUAGAUGAAGCCCGGGGUAAAAGCUGUGGAGUGUUGGUGCAUUGCUUGGCUGGCAUCAGCCGAUCUGUCACAGUCACAGUAGCUUAUUUGAUGCAGAAGCUUAACCUCUCCAUGAAUGAUGCCUACGAUAUUGUCAAGAUGAAGAAAUCCAACAUCUCUCCUAACUUUAACUUCAUGGGUCAGUUGCUGGAUUUUGAAAGGACAUUGGGGCUCAACAGUCCAUGUGACAAUCGAGUUCCAGCACAGCAGUUAUAUUUUACAGGUCCAGCCAACCAAAAUGUAUAUCAGGUUGAUUCUAUGCAGUCCACGUGAAACUGAACUCUUUAUCUUUUCGUGGUAAAGAUCAUUCCUCUACAGAAAUCUUUCUCUUUAAAUCUGUCAAGAGUGCAUUGACAGAUGUGAUUGGUUCAAGGAGGUCAUUGUUGGGCGUAAAGAAACAAACCAGUUUAUUAAAGUUACAGUUGCACUUGCAAUGGAAGAAAGCUGAUUAGUUCAACUCUCCAGAUCACUUGGAGAUAAGCCUUAGAUGCCUUGAAAUGAUUUGGCAAAGCUAAUAUGACACUGCCUUUGUAAUGCAGUGGUUUUUAGUUCCAAACAAGCAACAGCACAGCUGGACCCAAUACCAGAGAUUAAUCUUUGAAAGGUUUGGAAAGGAUAAGGGUGCAGAUCAUUUUGUCUUCUGUGAAGACUGGUUCUCCUGAUGUUUAAAGGAGCCAAAGAAUUACGAUUAAACUUCUGAUGCAUUUGAAGUUUUUUUUGGUCUUUACCUUUUUACAGUUGUAAAUAUCAACUUCUCCUAUGUAGCACUGUCAUUUCCCUUUUUUAUUUUUUCCCUCCUUUUAAAAUACAAAGUUAUUUUUUUUUUCUUUAAACCCACACCUCCCUGCUCAUCCUUUAAAAGCAAUUGUAGCAUAGCAGUUAUGGGGUAGGAUGGUUGUGUACUUUGCAUAAAAGUGCUGAUAACAUUUUGAUUCACAUUAAUGCAUAGCAGGAAUAUUCAACCUUAACUGUUUGUAUAGCAUGCUACUCCACUGAGUAAAUUGGGGCAUGCUGGGAGGUAUAGCUCUGCAGAAUCUGAAGCCAGAGGUUGACUAUCCCUGAUGUAUAGUUUUGUUGCCUGAGCUGCUUGUAAACCUCUCUCUCUUAGUGGUUUCAUGUUUUAACAUAUUAAUUGCUCUGAAAAUUGUUAAUGUGAAUUAUCUCUGUCCUUUUUGUUUAGGGAGUUUCACCUCAAAUGCUAAAAUGUUUGUUUUUUUUCUUUUUCCUACAAUAUAAACUGGAAGUAUGUAUGUACCAGUGUCUUGCAAAGCUUCGAUUGCACAUUGAUUGCCAAUAAGGGAGAAAUGUUACACUCCCGAAUGUCCACGGAGUAAAGUUUUAUGAUAAAAAUUUAUUAUAGACUUGUAAAUCUUUAAAUUAUUAAUAAAUUCCUAUUUUUGGUUAUUGAA